CCAUCCAAAGGACUGAUGUGAUUGAGGAUUAUCAAUGUGGAAUUUCGUUAAUUUCAAGACCAAAUUAUUUGACGCCUGCCAGCAUUACAUUGGUCCGAGUGGAAUUUGACUAUCCCCUUAAGCAAGAAUGGCAUCCAACAGUGGUCAAGGUGGAAUUCAACAAUUGUUGGCUGCAGAACAAGAAGCACAACAUAUUGUGAAUGCUGCGAAAAAUGAAAAAUAUGCUAGGCUGAAACAAGCCAAAGAAGAGGCUGAAAAAGAGAUCACCAAACAUCGAGCUCAUUUGGAAAAUCAGUUCCAAAACAAAGUAACAGCGAGCAGUGGAGAUUCUGGUGCUAAUGUCAAGCGACUUGAGCAAGAGACUGAUACAAAGAUCCAUCAGCUGAAGACUGAGGCUAGUAGAAUUUCGGGGGAUGUUGUCAGCACACUUCUCAAGUAUGUAACAACCGUGAAGAACUAGACUCCUUGGUGAUAUAUUGGUGUUGCGAGCUCUCAAGCUAUGCUGAAUAUUGUCGUGUUUAUUGAUCACUCUAGAUUCUGGUGCAGAGAAGAUUCUUGUUUAGGUUAUGAUGCGUAGUAUUAUGCUGCCAUGCAUUCAACAUUAUUCAAAAUUCGUUAAAAUAAAUUGUUUAUCAUUCAUAGACAUGCCCAUAUGUAUCACUGUUUCAAAAGAGGUGUGUCAAGAUCAUUAUGUCAGUGUGUAUUGAAUAAUGCUGGAAUGAAUGGUUUAUUCUUUUAUAACACCACUCAUAUUAUACCAAAUCUUGGUUUUUCAUA